UUGGAUGCUCCGGACUUUGUAGCCGACCAGCUGGCCGGUCAGGCUCAACGUCUUUCGGCUUUCAUGGGUAGCUCCGAGCGCCAGUCCGACGAUAGGUUUUUCCUUGUUCUGGGGAUGACGGGCGCUGGGAAAAGUACUUUUGUUGCUCGAUGCACAGGUCAGGAUGUUACCGUUGGUCAUGGGCUAUACUCAUGCACCAACUCGAUGGGUGUUUUCGACUUCUUGUGGCGUGGUCGACGUAUAUACCUUGUGGAUACUCCAGGUUUUGACGACCCGAAUCGCUCCAAUAUCGACACCUUGGGAAUCCUCGCCGCCUAUCUUGGUGCGUCAUAUGCGAAUGGCGUGCGCAUCCAUGGCCUUAUUCUGCUGCAUCCCAUCUCUGGCAAUCGCAUGUCGGGAUCGGGCUUACGCAAUAUUGAAAUGAUGAAGGCAAUGUGCGGAUUCACCCGUAACGAUAACCUGGCGAUCGCCACGACCAUGUGGCCUAACGCGCCUGACAACGCCGAGGCAGCGAUUCUUGAGAACCGGGAAAUCGAGCUGCUGACGGAGGAGAAGUUUUUUGGCGUCUUAAUCGCCCAAGGCGCGGCCCUCUUUCGUCAUAAUGAGAAUGGCCAUCGAGAUUCCACGGAUGAACAUGAGUCGGCACGGCGAAUCGUCGAUUAUCUCAUCGACCGCUCAGAUAUACGCGCGCCGGACGUGCUACGCUUGCAGCACGAAAUGAUCGAUCAGGGGAAGAGGCUAGGCGAUACCGCUGCCGGUAUAGCAGUGGCUGCAGAUUUGCAGAAAGCUCGCCAAGCCCAGCUGCGGCAACUGCGAGAGCUAGAGACGCAGAUGGAU